AUGUCCAACCCCCCGCGCCGGCCCGGCGCGAAGAAGGCCUUGUGGCGUCGUCCACUCGUCAUCUUGGCCGUUCUCAUCUUCCUCGUCCUUGUUGGCACUGUCAUUGUCCUCUCGACUGUCAAAGCGUACUUUGGCGUGGACCCAGCCGUGUUCUUGACCGAGGACGACGUACCAUGGCGCCCUGAAGACGCGAUCUUGCCGCUUCGUGACCUGGCGCCGGUUGAGGCUUCGGCAGAAUCGUCAAUCUCCAACGCCGAGCGUGCAGAUGACUUUGGCAUGAUUCUCGACGGCGAUGUUGCCGAUGCCGACGACGCCACAGACGCGCCUGUCUCGACGGACACGUCCACGUCCACAUCCGAGGACAGCGAGGAGUGGGGUCUCGACGGCAAGGGCACUGGCGGAUACUGGAUGCGCAAGGGCUGGGACGGCAAGGUCCAAGACACGCACUCGUGGGAGCGCCUGUACAACGUGACGACGAGGGAAGGCGAGAAGAUCCCCCGCAUCAUCCACCAGACUUGGAAGUCGGACGUGCUGCCUGACAAGUGGCGCAAGAGCUUCCGCGAGUGCCGCGAGGGUAUGCCCGACUACGAGUACAUGCUGUGGACGGACGAGCUGGCGGUCGAGUUCAUCAAGAAGAACUACCCUGCCCAACUGCACAUGUACGAAAACUACCCGCACCCGAUCCAGCGCGCCGACGCGAUCCGCUACUUUGUCCUCCACCACUUUGGCGGCAUCUACAUGGACCUCGACAUUGGGUGCCGGCGUCGCAUAGACCAGCUGCUACAGGGCGACUGGGAGGUCGUGCUCCCCGUGACCAAGCCGGUUGGUGUGAGCAACGAUCUCAUCUUGUCCUCCAAGGGGAAUGCGUUCAUGGACGACACGGUGCACGGUCUGGCCGCGUUCAACCACUACUACGUCAUGCACUACCCAACAGUCAUGUUCUCGACAGGUCCCAUGUUCCUCUCGGCGCAGCUGGGGAUGUACAGCUCGGCGCACCCGGUGACACCUACGAACCCUGUCCGCCAGGUCCGCGUCCUUCCCAAGUCGCUGUACGGCAAGAACGCGCCACAGGCAGAGGUGCCCCACUCGUUCUUCUCCCACUUCUACGGGUCGAGCUGGCACGCCAACGACGCGGGUUUCAUUACAUGGCUCGGCAAGUGGGGCAAGGGGCUGAUGUACGUUGGUUCUGUGGUGCUCGUCGUCAUGGUCCUGCGCCUCAUCUGGACGAGGAUGCGCCGCAAGAAUGGGCCGCAGUACAUGAUGCUCCCUGUGUUUGAUGAUGGGACAUCGAGUGCGCCCCUCUCCCCAGUUUCGGACACGCCGCCCGCGCUUAGUGACGCUCUUCGGAGGGCGGGCAACAUGAUCCUCGCCGCACCCGCCGCGCUCGUCCAUGGCCCGCGGCGCCAGAAGGGAUGGCUGUACUUUGUUCCCUGGCGGCAGACACCGACCCACAACCGCCGCCGCACAGCGAGCGAGGCGAGUCAGCUCCCCCGCCGGCCACACAGUGCGUCGAACAGUGUGUCCCUCGUGCCCGUCGCGUACAGUGACCACCCACACGCACCGCCUCCACCGCCAUACGACGCCGAGAUGGACGCGGUCGACGCGUUCCUCAAGGACAAUGCGGACGACGAGGUGAGCAGCCAGGUGUCGGGGUCGGCAAGUGGCUCGACGGCGGCGGCGCGGCAGCGCGACGAGUGGCGCGAGGGCAAGUGGGGCGACUGGCGUAAUGACUAG